AUGCUCACCAAGUUCGAGUCCAAGUCCUCCAGGGCGAAGGGCGUUGCCUUUCAUCCGAAAAGACCCUGGGUUCUUGUGGCAUUGCACUCGCUGACGAUUCAGUUAUGGGAUUACCGUAUGGGAACCUUGAUUGAGCGUUUCGAGGACCACGAUGGCCCUGUGAGAUCCGUUGACUUCCAUCCUACCCAGCCCCUUUUCGUGUCUGGCUCCGACGAUUACUCCAUUAAGGUUUGGUCUUUGAACACCAGAAAGUGUAUCUUUACUUUGAACGGCCAUUUGGAUUACCUCAGAACAGUCAGUUUCCACCACGACUUGCCUUGGAUUCUUUCGUGUUCCGAUGAUCAGACUAUCCGUAUUUGGAAUUGGCAAAACCGUCAAGAGAUUGCUUGUUUGACCGGCCACAAUCACUACGUUAUGCUGGCUCAAUUCCACCCAACGGAUGAUUUGAUUGUGUCCGCCUCAUUGGACCAGACUGUCCGUGUUUGGGACAUCUCGGGACUUCGUAAAAAGCACUCGGCUCCUACCUCCUCAAUGCGCUCGUUCGAGGAUCAAUUGCAACGCAGACAAUUACCUCAACAGGACAUCUUUGGCAAUGUGAACGCCAUUGUUAAAUACGUGCUUGAGGGCCAUGACAAGGGCGUCAAUUGGGCUGCUUUCCAUCCUACGUUGCCCCUUAUUGUCUCUGCUGGUGACGAUAGAUUAGUCAAGUUGUGGAGAAUGAGUGACAGCAAAGCUUGGGAAGUUGACACUUGCCGAGGCCACACUGGCAAUGUGCUCUGCUCCAUUUUCCACCCACAUCAGGACUUGAUUCUUUCAGUUUCUGAUGACAAGACCAUUCGUGUUUGGGAUUUGAACAAGAGAACGCCAGUCAAGCAAUUCAGAAGAGAAAGUGAUCGUUUCUGGUUGGUUGCCAGUCACCCAACCAUCAAUUUGUUUGCAACAUGCCACGAUUCCGGUGUUAUGGUAUUUAAGCUCGAAAGGGAGAGACCAGCUCACGCACUUUUCCAGAACAAGUUGUACUUCGUGAACACUGAAAAGCAAAUCCAAUCCUACGAUUUCCAGAGGGAGGAGACAUCAAUGCCUAUGUUGUCGCUUAAAAAAAUUGGAAAGACUUGGUCUGCUAUGAGAUCUUUGACUUACAACCAGUCCGACAAUUCUAUAUUGGUGACCCACGGUGAAGGUGAUAAUGGAAUGUACGCCCUUAUUGCCCUUCCGAAGCAUGUCACUGGAGCUAUAGAGCCUGCUGAUAUUCGUCUGGGUGAGGGUAACUUUGCUUGCUUCAUUUCUCGUAACCGUUUUGUUGCCUUUGUCAAAUCCUCCAAAGUCUUGUACGUUAAGGAUACCAACAAUAAUGUUACCAAGACAAUUCAGUUAGAUUCAUCCGUGGUCGAUGUCUUGUAUGGUGGUCCAGGUCGCGUCUUGUUGGUGAAGUCCCAUUCCAUCAUUAACUACGACGUCCAGCAGAGAAAGGAGUUGGCCGAAUUGAGUAUCAACAAUGUCAAAUAUGUUGCAUGGUCCAACGAUGGUCAAUACUUGGCGCUCUUGUCUAAGCACACCAUCUCCAUUGCUAACAAAGACUUGCAAUUGAUCACCUCGACCCAUGAAACUAUUCGUAUCAAGAGUGCUGCUUGGGACGAGUCGGGUGUUUUGUUGUACUCCACUUUGAAUCACAUCAAGUACACAUUGUUGAAUGGUGACAACGGUAUCAUCAAGACUUUGGACAACACGCUUUACAUUACUAGAGUCAACCAGAACAACGUAUACUGCUUGAACCGUGCUGGCCGUGUUGAGAAGCUCACCAUUGACCCUACUGAAUACAGAUUCAAGAGAUCAUUGGUGAACAAGAACUUCAACGAAGUGUUGCGGAUCAUAAAAAAUUCCAACUUGGUUGGUCAAAAUAUUAUCGCUUACUUGCAACAGAAAGGCUACCCGGAGAUUGCUUUGCAAUUUGUUCAGGAUCCUGAGACAAGAUUUGAUUUGGCUCUCGAAUGUGGUGACUUACAGACUGCUGAGGUGGAAGCUAACAAGCUCAAAAACAACGGCAUUUGGGAAAGAUUGGGCCAGGAAGCUUUAAAUCAAGGUAACGUUGAGCUUGUUGAGAGAAUCUACCAACAGUUGCAACUUUUUGACAAGUUGUCCUUCCUUUACUUGUACAAGGGUGACACUGAGAGAUUGGGAAAGAUGUCAUUGAUUGCCAAUGCUCGUUCAAACCUAUCUUCUUUGGUCCAGAACACACUCUACAACAAUGAUGCACUCACAAGAGUUGAUGCGUACAUCAAGGCUGGUCAGCUUCCUUUGGCAUACACAUUGGCAAAGUCCAGUGGUUUGUCAGAGAAGGCUGAAGAGAUUUUGGCUGCUGCUGAGCUCACUGAAAACGAUGUUCAAUUGCCAGUAAUUGACAGACUUGUUCAAUUACCAACCCCAAGCCCUGAGGUAUCUGGUAAUUGGCCAAUCAAAGAAAGUAACGCUUCGUUCUUUGAAACUGCUGUUGUUACUGGUCAGGUGGAUGAUUUGACCAUUGAAGAUGAAAAAGGAGAGGAUGAAGUCAGGAAUGGAACUCCACUCGAUUUCACAGAUACUGCAUUGGAGGAAGACCAAGACGAUGAUGAGGGCGGAUGGGACAUGGAAGACGAAGAUCUCAAUAUUGACGAUGACCUUGAUGGCUUCGACGAGGAAAACAUUGUCGGUGAAGACGAACCUGCUGCUACUAAGGUUGAAGGUGCAGAUGGGGAAAUCGCCUAUUGGCUUCGCAAUAACAAGACAGCCGCUGGCUAUGUUGCCGCUGGUGCUUUUGACCAAGCCGCUUCUCUCUUGCACAAGCAACUUGGUGUCGUGGACUUCGGUCCAUUGAGGGAACGUUUCUUGGAGGUUUACUCGAGUAACAAGUUGUACUUGCCAGGUUUGGAUGAGUUGCCUGCUAUGAAGGAUUACAUCAGAGAGGAUAACGAUGAGGACAACCCCAACAAGUUCAGACCACAGAUUCCAGGCUACGACAGCUUGGAGGAGAAAUUGAGUACAGCUUUUAAGUUCUUCAGAGUCAACAACUUACCCGAAGCUAUACAAGCAUUCCGUGAUAUCAUCUACACCAUCGCUGUUAUAAGUGUCCAGGAUGAGGAGCAGGAGGCCAAGUGUGAAGACGUCUUGACCUUGUGUAGAGAGUACGUCUUGGGCUUGUCUAUCGAGUUGGAGCGUCGUUCCCUCGAUCCUUCUGAUGUGAAGAGAAAUUUGGAGUUGGCCGCAUAUUUCACGAGAGCUAAGCUUCAAAAUGCCCACAAGGUGAACGCCUUGCAGGUGGCCAUGCUGGAAUGUUUUAAGAACAAGAACUACUCCAGUGCAUCAUAUUUCGCAGGCGAGCUCUUAUCAAUUGUCAACACUGGCGCCAAGGCUGAGAAGGCACAGAAGAUCAGAGCGAAGUCCGACUCAAUAUCCAGUGAUGCUGUGGAGAUUGACUUUGACCCAUACGCCGAGUUCGAUAUCUGUUGUGCAUCCUUUACUCCAAUCUACAAGGGCGAAUCUGCAGUUACGGAAGCUUUGGUAAGUGCGAAAUACAAGCCGGAGUAUAAGGGAGAAGUUUGUCGCAUCACCAAGAUCACUAGCAUAGGGCUGCCAGCAUCAGGAUUGCGUAUUCGCGUCUGA